AUGCCGCGCGACUUUCACUUGGAUGAUCGGCUCGCGCUCGACCAAGGCCUUCUCCAUCUCGAUUCCGAGCAGCUCGCUUUCCUGCAGAAGACUAUCGGGAUACAGGACGAAGACGCUCUGAGGGAGCAUAUCUUUUCCGUGCAAGCAGAGGCGUACGAUGUCUUCCCCUACAGUUCUAUUCGCUCUUUCACCUUCCUUGGACUUGGAAUCUCACGCAACCCUGCAUGGCCUGAGAUCUUGAGGAUCCUACAUACGCGACCCAAUGCGCUCCUUCUUGAUGUCGGGUGCUGCUUUGGUACGGACACUCGCAAGGCCGUUUCCGACGGCUGGCCGGCAAGGUCAGUGAUAGCCACGGACAUCAUAGCUGAGUUCUGGGAUCUUGGUCGCAAGCUCUUCCGCGCGGAUUCUGGCGACGAAGUGGUCGAAGACAUCCGGUACAUCCAAGGCGACAUCCUUGAUUCUUCCUACCUCGCUACCGCACCGCCGGCUCCGACACAUGAAUGUUCCGCCCAAACGGACGUGGACACGCGCAAGAUCACCACACUCACCGAGUUGCAACAUGGAGUGUCAGCUAUACACCUGUCGGCGAUCUUCCAUCUCUUUCCCGAAUCAGCUCAGGUCUAUCUUGCUAGGGCGCUCGCGGGCCUUCUCGCGCCACAUCGCGGCGCGUGCAUCUUCGGCUGGUCCGUCGCUUCCACCAGUUCACAGGCCGAGCUUGUCUGCGUUCAAAGCGGGGUAUCACAUCCUCGUCUUUGGCUGCACUCGCCUGGAUCGUGGAAAGAUCUCUGGGAGGAUGUGUUUGGGGAGACUCAAGUGGAAGUACGGGCGGAAGUUCGGGACUUUGAGAAUGACGUUGGCGUUCUUCUUGAGAAUGGCGAUAGGCCAAGGAUGCUAGUUUGGAGCGUCACAAGGAUAUAG